AUGAACAAGCAAGCCGUCGUCGAGCGUGGACGCGCGCUCGCCCGCUCCCUCACCACUCGCGGCUCUCUAUUCCCCUGGGUGCCCAAACCAAUCAAGCUUCUAUUCCUCCUGCUCGUGUUCCUCAACUCGUCGUCGUUUGCAUUCCUGUGGCAUAUCCGUGUCUGGUCGCACCCGAUUAAGGCGUGGAUCGCGGCCAAGACCCUCGGACACAGGCGGUACUGGGUCGGAUGGAGGCGCAAACAUGUCGCGGCGGGCGGGCUUGCUCACAUGCGCGUCAAGACUUGGCGGCGCGCGCUGUUCGACGACUGCGACUACAACUUGCAUCUCAGCAACUCGGCUUAUGCAAAGUGCAGCGACGAGAACAAGAUGAAGUUCUGCAUCGACGCGUUUGCACCCUGCUUUGUCACGGGUAUUCACAUGGCGCUUGGCGCGAGCCACUGGCAGUUCCUGCGCGAGAUUCCCAUGGGGAGCAGCUAUCUCAUGGAGACGAGGAUUGGAGGUUGGGGCGACAAGUGGAUCCACUGCAUCACCGAGUUCGUCAUCUACCCACCCAAGGGCAAGAAACGGGUCCACAGGCCCGACGUGGCGGACAAGCCAACCGCCCUCCCGCACAUUGACAUCCCCAGCGGCACAGACAGCGGAGUAGACACUCCCGAGAACUGGGCGAACGGGUCUGCCAACGGGCAUGCGACCGGUCCCAGCCACGACGAGCUGAUGAAGCGCUUGAUGGUGCAGGCUCGCGAACCCCGCGUCGACGGCGGCAUCAUAGCCUGCAUCGCCGUCACCGACUACUGCUUCAAGCAGGGCCGGGUGACCGUUCCCCCCCGCAUUGCGAUGCACAUGUCUCUCCUCUCCAACGACGAGGAGAGGCGCGCACACGCUCUCAAGCUCCUCACCAGUCCUGAUGGGGGUGCAAAGUUCUGCCGCGGGGGAUGGAAGGAGGAUCCGUUGGCUUACGAGCUUGGGCUUGAUGUCGCUCUUGGAGAGGAUGGGACCCAGGCAUGGGUAGAGGCGGGCAAGGAGUACAUGGACGGUGUGGGGGCUCGUUUGCUCCAGGUCGCGCUUGCUAGUCCAUAG